AAUCCACUAAUAUAUAUAAUCAAGAACUUUUCUACAAUAUUGUCUGCUGUAUGAAUUAGGUGACAAAUCCGUCUUUGUCAAAUAAAUACUUUAUUCACGUCUAUAAUAUUAUAUAUUUAUGACUGUCGCACAAAACAUUGAAAACAUGACGAAAUUGAAACGCGCAAUUUGGAAUGUUUCUUCCAAUUUUGCUGCAAAUCGAUAUUUUUCGCGUUUGUUAACUUCUCAGUGGUACAAUGUGUCUACAGAUUCAUUACUAAAUAAAACAAUAACGGAAAGUACACUAAAAACCGAAAAUGAUAUCAUCAUUACAGACAGUUGUGUUCAACGUUUAAAGGAAAUUACAGAUGAUAAUGCUUAUUUAAGAGUUACAGUUGAAGGGGGAGGUUGUUCUGGUUUUCAAUAUAAAUUUGAUUUAGAUACAAACAUAAAUGAAAAUGAUAAAGUGUUUCAAAAGGAUGGUGCAAAAGUAGUUAUAGAUACAACAUCUUUAGAAUAUAUUAAAGGAUCCACAAUAGAGUAUCACACAGAAUUGAUACGUUCUGCAUUUAGAAUAACUAAUAAUCCAUUAGCUGAACAAGGUUGUAGCUGUGGUGCUAGUUUUUCUAUUAAAAUAUAAUUUUCAUCUAAAUUCAAUUGUAAAGAAAUUUAGAUAUAUAUAUGCAUAGAUAUAUUUAUUGUUGUUGUGCUAAUAAAAUGGUUAAGAAUAUUGUUACAUUUCUGUCAAAAUUGUAAAUUUUCUAAUUCAUUUGAUUAUUUUAUGUAUAUCUUACAUUUAAAUACUAAAAAUGAUCUUAGUACAUAAAUUAUAUAUUACUAAAAAUAAUUAUUGUCUGUCAGCUGUGAAUUGUUAAUAA